CCAUGCAGGAGAGUAUUAUGGACACAACAGAAUAGCAAUACAUAAGGCACUGAAGAUAGUAGGGGCAAAUGAAGAACUGUUAAAUAUGAAUAUAUUCUAGUGGAUGAAGCUCCUAGAACAUAGUUAUGCAAGCUAAAAGGGUUGACAAUGCUAUAACUGGGAUGACCAUCAUGACUGAGAUUGUGUUCAGAGUUCAGUCCUUGUCAUAUCUAAGUAUUUUGCCCCAUGACUGGAAUUUAGGCAAAUAUUGCAGAGAACAUUUAACAGGGAAGUUUGGUUCUUAAUGGUUGCUCACACUAUGAUGGACAUAGCACAUGUUCUUAUUGGUCCUGUUUUCUCAAAAUUAGUGAUUACUAUUAUGGGGAUGAUUUCUCCCUUUGGAGUGAAUUGGAUAAGAAACCAGCUUCAAAUUUCAAUAUAUGCAUAAUAUGUAAUUAUACUGAUUUAACACAAAAUAUUGCAUAUUCAAAACAAAAAAUAGUAAUUUCAAAAUGUUAUUGAUGUGGUUUCAUAGAUACUGACUUUCAAAUGAAUGUUUUUUUUUCUUAUAUGAACACAAAAUUGACCCGAGUCUUAGAUAUAUUAAUUUUAUAUAUAAAUCCAUAUUCAAUUUUCUGAUGAUUGUUGACAGGGAUUAAGCACUAAAUUCCCCAGGACAUCAGUGCUCUACAAAAGCAAACAUGAGGGCUGUUAUUCAGAGAGUUCGUCGAGCAGCAGUAACAGUGGGUGAGGAGACGAUCAGCUCCAUCGGUCGUGGAUUGUGUGUACUAGUUGGAAUCCAUAGGAAUGACACAUCAGCAGAUAUAGAUUUUAUGGUCCGCAAAAUACUGAACACAAGAUUAUUUGAAGAUGGAAACGGGAAACGAUGGCAGUUAGGUGUAAAAGAUGCCGGGCUGGAGAUUUUGUGCGUUUCUCAGUUCACGCUGUACUGUGAAUUAAAGGGAAAUAAGCCAGAUUAUCGACAUGCAAUGGGAGGUGAAGCAGCCCAGCAGUUUUAUGAAGAAUUUCUUGGCCAGUUAAGGAGGCAGUAUAAAGGAGACAUGAUAAAAGAUGGCAAAUUUGGUGCUAUGAUGCAAGUUGAUAUCCUGAAUGAUGGGCCAGUAACUAUCAACAUUGACUCACCUUCUAAGAAGGUUAAUGAGAACCGUAUAGAUACUCAUGAGUGAUAACUACUAACAAUUAUGUACAUUUUAUAUGUAACUAUUUAUAAAUGUAAUAAAACAAUAUAUUAUAAACUAAGAAUUUAUUUGAAAACCUUUUCUCAAUACAGCAAGACAGACAGUUAC